CGGGGAAACAAAGUGGACUCCCAUCUGCCCCUCCCUUCCCUCCCGCGCUGCUGUUUACAGCAAUCAUUACCUCAUUAUUCCUCACGAAACACAGAUUUUCUAAUAAAAAAUUCGAUAUUCGUUUGAAGAACUUUGUGGGUUGUUUACAAGCAAACCCCGUUUCAAAUAACUUCGAUCACCGGUCAUAUUUACCAGGACGGAUCGCCGGAGCUGUCAUCAUGGGUUGUUCCGGAUCGACGAGUGCCAACGGCGACGAAGCUGUUAAGAAGAUAAUUAAACUGAAGCCAUGGAAGCAUACUGAACCAAUAACAGGGGAGCAGCUGAAGCGGAUGCGUGAUGAGUUCUGGGAUACCGCUCCACAUUAUGGUGGCCGAAAAGAGAUUUGGGACGCCCUUCGAGCUGCUGCAGAAGCUGAUUUAUCCCUGGCACAAACGAUAGUGGAUAGUGCAGGCAUUAUCGUUCAAAAGCCUGAUCUGACCAUAUGUUAUGAUGAAAGAGGUGCAAAGUACGAGUUGCCAAAGUACGUUCUGAGCGAGCCAACAAAUUUGGUUCGUGGAAGUUGAGACACUGUUUUCUUCCAUUUUCAAGGACCAAAAAACAUGUAUAUUUUUUAGUUUUAUUCGUGACCCUUUUUCAACAUAUUUUGUGACACAAACACUCGGUUGCUAGUUGAUCUUCAACUUCUACAAGAUGUGGAUAUUUUAAGUAGA